AUGCCGGGAGACGAAAAGGCCGAGGUCGAUCGCGCCUCUCACGAGCUGUCCAAGACAUCUAAGGAUGUUGAGAACGCGAAUGGUCCCUACCUACCUCAAUCGGAUGAAGAGUACAAUGUCACUCUGAAAACUUGGUGCGUUGUCGUUAUUCUAGCUCUUUCGUACGGCAUCAGUUUCUGGAUUGUUCCUUCAUUGAGUUCUUGCGCUGCUGUCGUUGCAACCCAACUCGGCGACCCAACAAAGGCAGCUUGGUAUAUCUCCUUAUAUACUAUCACCGUGACUAUUGCUUUCAUGGUCUGUGGAGCAAAUAGCGAUCUUUUCGGUAGAAGAUGGUUUAUUGUUGGUGGCAAUGCCAUAAUGUUCAUUGGUUUCAUCGUCGGUGGAUCGGCUAAGAACAACACUUCGAUGAUGGCAGCAAUGUCGCUCAUUGGUUUCGGUGCUGGCAAUGCUCAGAAAUUUGUAGAUGCUGGCGUCUAUUUCGCUGUCUUAGUUGGUCCCGUUGGUGGAGGUUUUGCAGCACAAAGAGCAGAUACAUGGCGUUACAUCUUUUAUGCUCCUGCCAUUGCUGUUUUCUUCAGCUUUUUAGGACUCUACUUCUUCUAUUAUCCACCAAAGCACCCACGAGGAUUGCCUACCGCCCAGGCGUUCAGAGAAUUGGAUUACGUGGGCGCCAUACUGUUCAUUGCUGCCGCCACAUUGAUUCUCGUUGGAAUUGUUUACACCACGACCCUUCCCUCGAACGACCCUAAGGUCAUUGGCACUCUAGUCAGCGGCUUUGUUGCGUUAGUCGCAUUUGCGCUGUGGGAGACGUUUGCGCCACUGAAGCAACCUUUAACGCCAACAUAUGUGUUCACUCGUGAUAAGGGACGCGAGCUUACCGCACCAUUUAUCGUCGGCUUUGUAGUGACAAUGUUUUAUUAUGCCAUCAACAUCAUAUAUCCGACCCAAGUCGGUGUACUUUUCACAGAUGCAACUACCGAUUUCAAAUAUCGAAUUGUUCUCGGCCUCCCUGGCAACCUCGGUUUGUGCUUCGGUGCUUUCCUAUUGACCGUUCUUGGACACAGAAUUGGCCACUGGAAAUGGACCCUUACCGCUUCGGUUACCAUGAUGGUCGUUUUUGGAGCUUUGCUUGCGCUAGGAAACCCCGAGCGCAAGGGAAUGAUGAUCGCCUUCGUCUUCCUGUGUCAGGUACCAACCCAGUUCUCUGCUCGUCCGUACAUUGUUGGCUUCGGCUGGGCACAGUACCUCUCGAUUGCCUUCAUUCAAUUUGGAGUCCCGCAAAUAGAACUUGGCAUCUCCGGUGGCCUUGCUGGUGUCGCACGAUUCGCAGGUGGUGCAGUCGCUAUUUCCGUCUACCAGACGAUUCUCACGAACGUGCAAUCCUCGAAAGCUGCCGAGCUUGUUCCCCGCGCUGUGCUUGCUGCCGGUCUUUCGGCGGACGCGGUUCCUGCAUUUCUCACCGCCUUGCCGUUGGGCGCGACAGCCCUUGCACAAGUUUCAGGCGUCACGAACGAGAUCAUCGCAGCAGGUGGCGCAGCCUUCCAGCAGGCGUAUGUCGUAGGUCUUCGCACAACAGCCCUGAGCUCGCUCAGCUUCGGCGUGCUCGCCAUCAUCGCUUGCUGCUUCUGUAACGAUAUUGGCCCGAAGAUGAACAACAAGAUUGAAGUAUUCUUGGAGAACGACGAGAACGCCGAGAAGAAUAAGUAUCACUAG